CUUGGUUAAACACCUAUUCUUGUGAGCACGCUGAGCUCCAGCCUGCAGCUCAGUGCUGGCCAUGGCUUGUGGCUCUGGGGUGAAUGGAUGGGCUGGAAUCACCCCCGGGAUCACCGGGAGAGCGCUGGGAUCGCCAGCACCCGCUUUGUCCCGCUACAUCAGGGCUCUGCGAACACGGGCAAGCCUGCUGCUUUAAAGCUGCACUGUUUACUUCUACCACCACUUACGCCUGCUGUUCUCUUGCCAGUCAUCCGCUGGAGCGCUCAGAACAAUCUGAAACAACAGGCAAUAUUUAUUUCUAGCGCUGCGCCUCACGCUUCGCGGGAGCGCUCACAAUUCUCACGUUAUUAUUCAUCCAAACUUCAGCGAGGCUCUCCAAUGGAGCGGACAGAUUGAGCCCGCACUCUUUAUCGGCUGGGAGCUGCGGGGAAAGCCCCUGUGCCUGGCUUUGCAGGGUGCCCGGGGUAUAUCGGAAGGUGGCCGGGACACGGAGGAUGCUGCGCGACCCCAGAAGGAGAGAGGGAGGCUCAUUCCGCUGUGUGUCAGCGCCAGAGGCACCAGCAUGACCGCUCUCCGCUUCGCCGGGACCAAGGAAGGAUUCUGUGAGCGAGUGUCAGGGUAGGGAACGGCGGGGCUCGGCAGCGGACACUGCCCGGAGGGAGAGCCCCGGCUCCUGCCGGACACAGCUGUGCUGGAGAUUCUUUGGUGGAUUACAAUCUCAUCAGACUCCAACUUGAGAAGAAGAAUGACAGCUCAGACACUUAAACCAGACUUUUCACCAUCCUGGAAAAGAACUGGCUUCCAGAAUUCGGAGGGUUUUUGAUGCUCUACCUCCCUCUGCUGUUACCAGCGAGAAGUUCCUCGACAAUGGGAAAUCAUGUACUCGCAGCUUCGAUUUCCAUGCUCUCGCUGCUGGUGAUGAUGGGAGACACGGACAGUAAAACAGAGAGCUCCUUCCUCAUCGACUCCGACCCCAGCCGCUGCAUGAGGCACCACUACGUGGACUCCAUCAGCCACCCUCUCUACAAGUGCAGCUCCAAGAUGGUGCUGCUGGCCCGCUGCGAAGGCCGCUGCAGCCAGACGUCGCGCUCGGAGCCCAUGGUGUCCUUCAGCACGGUCCUGAAGCAGCCCUUCCGCUCCAGCUGCCACUGCUGCCGGCCCCAGACCUCCAAGCUGAAGGCCAUGAGGCUGCGCUGCUCGGGGGGCAUGCGGCUCACGGCCACCUACCGCUACAUCCUCUCCUGCCACUGCGAGGAGUGCAACUCCUAGGGACCAGGGACGUGGCACACGGGGGACAAGGGGGAGCUGCUGUGGGGGAAGAGCUCCAAAAACAACCCAAGGCCCGGCUGGAGCUCCCAGCACAGGAUUGCAACAAGGACAGGACUAACUCAGCUGGAUUGAAUCCAAGAGCAGAAGUACAAAAUAUCCUGGGUUGCUGGAUGGUGCUGGUGCCAUGCUGUGGGCUGUGAUAAAGACGAAAGCACGAGGACUUGUUUUUUAAGAAGCCUUUCUUUUUUUCUGAAAGGAUAUUUUUGGAGAGUUUCUUUUUUUUCGGACUCGGCUCUGACUACAGAGAGGUGCUUUUACUUUAGGCCAUGGGCAGCAGAGGAACAGAAGAGAAGGUCAGCCAGAUGACAGCACUGCAGUCUGGAAAGUGACAUUUGGACAGAGGAUGGGCAUCAGUUCCCACAGACAACCUCUUAACCUAUCAAUUUAUUCUCAGUUUUCUAGUUAUACUGGCCUUCAAAGCAAUCUGUGCUGUUGGCCAGGGUCAUCUGUUACUGACCUAGUGGCCAAAUGCUGGAUAACUUUAACUGUGGUUCAGCAGAAAUUACAAAUAAACCAUUGAAAAGUGAA